ACCACAAUUCCCAAGAUGCACUUGAAAUUACCGUGGCCACUGGACGGGGGAAGGGAAGCUGAGAUUGGAGGGAGAAACAAUCAGAAACUGAGAUAUUGUGUACAUAUGACAGCCCCUCCUCAAGACUCUGGCCAUACAACAACUCUAUCCAUGAGCCACAUCUCACUGGACACCUGCAGCUCUUAUUUUCGAUGUGUGCUGCUGUUUCAUAUUAGGCUGAAGACAUAACACAGCCUUGGUGCAAAGAAAAUCAAACUGCACUGGUACCUGAAGGUGCAUACUGGAUUUGACUUUAGUGCCAAAGUAAUGAAGUGUCCCGGACAGGGAGAGCCCAGCCCUGAAAAGCAAUGUCAUCAUCCAACUUCUGUGCACCUCUGAUGGGGCUGAGGAGUGAACCCACUGGCCAAGCAGAUCUGUGGAGGAGAGGAAGGAGGCAAGUUUCCAGGAAACUUGUGUAUUGAUGGAUAGCCAUUUCCUCCAGUCAGCUCUUGUAGACAAAUACCUGCACGUUCCCCUCUGUGUACACAUUCAAGGUUAGACUUUGGAGUAGCUAAUAAAACCAGGCUCCCAUCAAAACCACACUAUCGUCACUAUUACACAGAAACAGAGAAUGUGAUGUGCACAACAUGGAUUUUACACUGGUGACAGUUUUGUGAAAUCAUACUGAUGACUGUGGGCGCUGAGUUCUCUGUGUGUAUGAGGAGAAAAUGAGAAAAGCCUAGAUACUUGCAGUCACUACAGAUGUGCACUACAGAAAACAUGGUGGUCUUUGCAGCAGCUCCUCAGCCCAUCUCAGUCCAUGACUUCAGAAGUCUGUAGAGGCCCGGAUCAGGAACACGCUCGCCAGCCAACACACUCAUAUGCAAUGGAAGAAGACAUUGAUGUCACACCCCAUACUGAGGGGCUGAAUGGUUUGUCCCAUGAAUGUAAACCAUUAGAGGAGAUCACCAAUGGACACUCCAAUCAUAAGCCCGUCAUGAAUGGACUGAUUAUCAGUCAUAAUGUCAAAGACCACACCAACGGCAGUGCACCACUCAGAUCCCUGCCGAUUUCAGCACUGAAGCAGAAUGGUCUUCUGCAGACCCUGGCAGCUGGAGGGGACCAGCCUAAGCCUACAGAGGAAAAUGUGGAGCUGGAAAAGGCCAGAGAGGAGUGGGAGGCUCUGGAGAACGUCCAACCAGCUGUCACUGAGGACUCCAACCCAACCCCACUCAUCUCCUUCAAUGAAGCCUUGCAGUACUUCCAGACCACAGAUCUCGGGGACUUGCUAAAGAACAUCCAGCCAACCAUCCGCAGGACAGGUCUGGCCGCUAUCACACACUUCCUCUUCGGACCUCCACGUCUGCAUCGAGAACUCUUGGAGGAGAGGGAUCUGGUCUUUGCCAUCGCACAGUGUCCUGUGGACAACAGCCAAACAGUCCACAUGCGUGUCCUUCAGACCAUUUAUAAGAGGCUGAUUGGCAGCAGGCUGGACUGUCCUCGCUAUGGGGCUCACUGGGAAAACAUCGGCUUUCAGGGUACAGACCCAGCUACAGACUUACGUGGCACUGGUUUCCUGGGACUGAUGCAUACUCUGUACUUUGUGAUGGACCCAGAGACUCUGCCUUUGGCUAGAGACAUCUACAAGUUAUCACAACACCCUACACAGAACUUUCCAUUCAGUGUGAUGUCAAUCAACAUGACCCGCAUCGCUCUGCAAGUACUCAGAGAGGAAGCCUUGUCUAAGGAGUGCAAUCGUCGUCAGCAGGUGGUUGGUGUGCUGAACGAGUUUUACGUUGCCACAUAUUUGCAUCUGUACCAAGUGUGGAAGACCCAACAGAAGACCAUUGCUGACUCUGGCUUUGUACUAAAAGAGGUGGAGCUGUUUGCCAAAAAGAACCCCAAGCAGAUGCUGCGCCGACUAGAGGUCUUCCUGAAAGAGAGGCGGGCAGGUGGAAUCCCCCGUGGGACAUCGCCAGACCCUCAGGCCCAACAGCCCUCUCCCAGCCUGGGGGAUCGAGUGGCCAGAGCCGGAGCGGGACAGGGAAGCAAGGGAAAGGAGAUGCACUUCACAGGAGUGUGUGAUCUACCGCCAGACAUGGAGGGAGAGGCCAGACUCAUCUAAGCUAGACUCUGUGUGAGUGUGUGUGUGUGUGUGUAUGUAUGCGUAUGUGUGUUAGCAUUCCUGUUUGCGAGUAUAUCUUAGUGUAUUUGCGAAUGGCUUACUCAGAGAGCUAGAAGAAGAACCCCACCAGACCCUGAUCUAGGACCUGCUAUCUGAACCUUUUUAAACACUUCCACUCCUUCCAUUGAUGCUGGGGUGCUGCACUUUGAUCAGAUUAUGCUUGGGGGUCUUUCAAAGUUAUAUUUGAUUUUUUUUCCUUUUUUUUUUUUUAUUAAUUUAUUUUUUUUUAAACAGAGAACAUAGAACAGUCAAAUAUAAAGAGCUGAUGCAGGUCAGAAACACAAGAUGUCACAAAACAACAAGAAAGUGAAUGUUUGCACUUUUCUGUGGAUUUAGUAGUCAAAACAAUAGCUACCAAUUUCUUGCAGUUAAACUACCUGCCUAGAAAUCCAAAACAUACACACUUGUGUUCCAAGGAUCUGGUUAUGUUAGCAUUGUGGAAGGAGGGAGAAAGCAUGGAGCGGCUUUUUCAAAAGGCUUGGCUAUCUCUCUCACUCCAAGAUACUGCUCCAUCAUGUGAGCAUGCUAACGGCCCAUAAUGCAACUGAAGGGCAGCAUUGUUAAGCAUAUUGUUACAUGCUCGAUUAACUUAACUAAGAGGAAAAAAAUGAACCAGUUUCAAGCCCUUCCAUAGAGCAAACACAAGCAGGUUUUCUCUCAGCAUGAGUGGGGAGUGUCAGAUAGAAAACCCAGAGAGGUUACAGAAGCUUUUGAGCAGGCAGCAGUAAAUUGCAAGUAUACGCUGUUCUCAAAAAUCUUACACGGUAGGCUUUGAAUGCAGCUUGCUUUGAAGGUCUAAUCACUUUGCAUUCUCUAUCAGAGUGUGAAGGAAAUAUAUGUUAUGUGAAAGAUGGACACUCGGUCCAUAUGUGUGGUGGUAAUGGUGAAGCUACUUGUUGGUGUACACAUGAUGUCUGUUGCCAGUGGUGUAAUAGACUACGUCCAGAGCUCCUACUUAAUAUGGGGGAAAUAUAUUUUAAAUCAUUUUAAAAAUACCUAUUUUAGUCCUUUCUGAAGGGACAGCUGUCAUAACUUCACAGUUAUGCAUAAAAGCACUUCAGAAUUUGUUAUUAAAUAGAUGGCUGAGUGACCAUGAGAAGGAUUUUUAACACUGUUAAAUUCCACCAGAAGGUCUGAAAGUUUUCUGACUUCUCAGCUUUUCACGGUUAAAGCCAAGGAGACACUUCAUAGCAGAGUCUGUGUGCUUGGCUUGGUCCCGGCUAAAGUCAAAGGUCUGGUAUGAGCUUUCUCUACAUUCCGUUACAAAGCAUGUGAUUGUAAUUUUUUUGACCAGUUAAAAAUUUAUUCCAGUGUGUCUGUGUGUGUGAGAGAGAGAGAGUGUGAAAGCUUGUGUGUGGUAAAAUGAAUGAGCUGAUAUUGAUGAAGGGUGCCUCUCCUAGGAGAUGUGUGGUACAGUAUGCAAUCCCAGCUCUUACUCAAAUGAUAAUCAAAACGAUAGUGCUGUGUGACGAUAGAAAUCGUUCCUAACUUCAGGGUUUGUGUGCUUGUGCGAGUGAGUGUGAGCGUGUGUAUGUAUGUAUAUGUAUGUGUGUUGUAUGACAGGAACUGACUACAGAUGGGGUGCUUUCCUCUGCACACAAUAAGCCAGCUUUACUAAGUACUUGAUCCAUCAAGCUGCAAAGACGGUACUUUUGUCAUUUAAAAAAAUGGUACAUAACAUUGCUGAAGAUUUAUCCUAAAACGAAGUACACACUCUUUGGUUUGCUUUUUUUUGUUAAAAACCAGAUGUUGGCUCUGGACACAGAUGGUUUCAGCGGCUCUGUGGCCUGGAAUGGGUAGAGCUCCUCAGCAAAGCUGGUUCCUGCUUUGUGCGAAUGUGAAACCGUCUCCCAUCGUCGUAGUCUCAAUCUGUAGCAUGUUCAGGUAGCACUAGUACUGUAGCAUCCUAUAGCCUCCUCCUCUUCGUAAAGCUUGUUGAUGUCAUGUCUCAGUUACAGUCUGUAGUGUCAAUGAGUGCGCAAACUGUUACUACUAUAGCACAUUCAUUUCAUAUUUUCAUUAAGCCUCCCUCAGUAGACAUACAUUUAGGUGGCACAGUGUACGUUUUGCAGAGAUGUGGGAUAUGCUUGCCAUGUUAUUGAGCUCAACCCUAUCUUCUAAGAAGGUGACGGUAAAAAUGGUGCCUACAUCCAAUGGAGUCAUGUGGGGUAGAAUGCUGGUCCUUUUUUUUUCUUUCAUUUGAGCCACCGUGCCACAAUAGACUUCCUCCAUUCAUGUAACACAGUAAACAGAGUUGUUGUGACCCUUAAAACAUGCAGGCCUAAUGGAUAGAUACAUUAAAAAAAAAAAAAACACACAGGCAUGUAAAUUUUCAAUGUCAGCACCUACUCAGAUAAUUGUUCUUUGCCAUCCCCGUUCUCCACCAUAUAACUUCAAAAACAAGCUGAUGUAGUUUUGCCAAUUGUUUGCGAGUGUUUUGAUCGAUCAGGAAAAUUUGCACUGUCGUAGAUCUUUGAUAGUAUGUGUGACGUAUGCAAGAGGAAACAGGCCAUCUCCAAUAGCCAUAAUGUUCAUUAUCACCCACCUCAUUAAACAGGCUUUGUGGAGUCAGAUUCCCCUCCUCGCUCUAAAAGAAUUGCACCACGGAUAUGAUCUCGCAUUUAGUUUUAUUAAAUUUUAAACUGAGGAGCAGUACAGUGUAUGUAAAUCAGGAAGUUUGUAUAUAGAGAAUUAAUGAUUGUAACUGUAUGAUUGUCUGUAGGGCAUUAUACUGAAACACAUUGCUUACCUCAAGACUUGAGACAAAUCUCUCCUUUUUCUCUCCUGAUGUUUGUUUGGCCUCUCCGUCAGACACUAUCUUUUUAUGUUUCCUUGUACCUAGGCCUUCUCUCAUACCAAUUGGACAUGUUAUAUAAUGUAUAUUCAACACCUGAAGCACUACUUAAUAACAAACUAACACAAAAGCUGAUCAAUGUUAUGUGUAUUCUAUUUAAAGACACAUUUAUUGACACUAUAUAGGCCCACACACGCUCUGAUGCACAUCUGCAGAUAAAAAAUCCUUUAAAAACGAUCUAUAAUUGGCUGAUGUUUGCCAUGUUGAAAUAAGCUGGUUUUCUUGUGGCUUCAGUGAUAGUACAGUAUACUUUUGCUGUGUUUAAGUGUUUGAUGUCAGGAAAACACUCAGAAACAAUCCCGUCUUUACAGCUACAGUCACAAACAAGCUGUUCAAUAUAUGAUUGUAAAGAUAUAGGCUUGAUUAGCAGUCAUAAUACUGUGUAUGCUUUGACCUUGGUAUAUAUUCAGUAUCCAAACGAGGCCUGAUUUAUCCUCUCAUAUUACCAAAAGUUAUAUUUUCAGCAGUUGUAAUAGAUCAUAUUCUUAUGCGUUGAUCAUCAUUUGGAAUCUCCUCAGUUGUGAAACCAGAACCAAGAGAGAAAAAAAAAAACUAAAAACUAACAAAAAAAAAAAAAAAAAACGGGUUCUUGCGGGAUGUCGGAUGCUCUGAGAGGUGUGGUCUGAAGUUCUGCUUCCUACAGCAGCAGCUCGGCAAAUACAAUCACUUCUCUCAAUAUCCUGCGCUUUAUAUGAAGAUGUUUUACUGUUGCUGUCGUCGUCAUGUCCCUCAGAGCAUUUUAUGACUGUACCUUGAUUGUAGAAGCCCUAUUUUAUACUGAGAGUUAUUUCAGAAUACAGUAUGUGCUGUUGUACAUUAAAUGUAUUGUAUGGAGAAAGCUAAAUAAAUGCUGUUUAAAAACUA